AUGUCGAAAUUCUUCAAAGGAGCGGUAAGCUCUGAUUCGUCGUCAGAAUCCGAUGUGUCGGAUGUUGAGGAAGAAGUACAGACCAAGAGGGUCGCAGUUGUUCGCGAUUUCGCCUAUCCAAGUGACAGUGAAGACGAAGAGAAACGUGUUGUACGCACACAUAAGGAGAAGAAGUUUAAAGAGCUCAAAGAUCUUAUUAAACAAGUCAACAAUGCAAAAAAUAACAAGGAUUUCACAAAAAUCUUGUCGGCUUUCGAUGACCUCGUAAAAGUUUACGACAAGUCCAAAACAGUGUUUGCUCGACAGAACAUCUCAACACCUCGGUUUUACAUCAGGUAUCUUGUCGACUUGGAGGACUUCGUGCUUAGUUUCUGGGAAAACAAGGAGGCGAAAAACGCUCUUUCCAAAGUGAACUUGAAAGCGCUUACUAAUUUGCGCCAGAAAGUCCGUAAAUACGUCAAAGAGUUUGAGCAGAAAAUCGCCGAAUAUCGAGAAAGUCCCGAUCCUCCUGGAUACGAAACUCCUGAAGAGGAGGAAGAAGAGGCUGACGAGUCAGGUGAAGAUGUGGGCGAAAUUGCUGUGCCUACUAUCAAAGAAAAAAAGAAGGAUCUUUCAAGCAGUGGAAGCGAGAGCGAUUCGGACGACUGGUCGACAGAUACGGACUCUAGCCCGUCAGAUGAUGAUGGCGAUUUUGGAUCCAAAAUGGAAGCGUUAAGAAGACACUUUUUGAAGAAAGAGUUUCGUGGCGAUGAUGAUGGAACCGGAGAAAGAAAGAAAGAAAAGAAGCGAAAGCAGAGGGAGCAAAACAAGCCUAAGGCUGCCCUUGACCUCGUUGAUGAUGAAGACGAUGAUGGAGGCGAAUGGACUCCUAUCACUAAAGAGAAGCAGGUUCAGCUGUUCGAACCUAAGCAGGAAGUCACUCACGAGGCAAUGAUCAGCAAGCUCAAUGAAGUGAUGGCUUCGCGUGGUCGUCUUGGAACAAACAGGAAGCAGCAUGUUAGACUACUUCAGGAAUUGUACAAGAUUGCUGAAGAGAAGAAACUAGGAGUUGGGAUCUCUGUGAAAAUCUUGUUCAACAUCAUUUCUUCGCUGUUCGAGAUAAACGCGAAGAUCAGCGAUUUUAUGGAAUUUGGGAAUUUUAACAAAACUAUGUUGGCUGUCACUGAACUGCUUGAUAUCCUAAUGGCCCAUCCUGAAGUCAAGCUCUCUGUGAAAUUUGUCGAGGAGGAGGAGAACCUAAAGGAUGAAACUAUCCCGUACAAGAUCCAAGGUUCUUUCUUAAUGAUGGUUCAGCGUCUUGAUAGCGAAUUGACGAAAAUUCUUCAAAAUGCCGAUUGCCACUCCAACGACUAUAUAGAAAAGCUCAAAGGUGAGAAAGACAUGUGCAUUCUCAUCGAACGUACUGAGAAAUAUGUCCAGGAACGUAUCGACGAGGAUAUAUUUGAUGUCGACGAAGUUUGCAAAAUUUAUAUGAUGAGAAUUGAGCAUCUCUACUACAAGUAUCAAGACAAUUACGAAGGAGAUGAAGCCGUUGGUGAAAUUAUGGAUCGUCUCUGCAAGAAGAUUUACUCCCUCGACGAAGAAAAACGAUUGAGGCAACGAGCGAUGCUCUGUCAUGUGUAUUGGCUUGCCUUACAUGACGAAUGGCACCGAGCGAGAGAUCUGAUGUUAAUGAGUCAUCUUCAAGCUAUCGUUGAUCAUUCUGACACAGAUACGCAGAUUCUUUAUAAUCGCACGAUCUGCCAACUGGGUUUAUGCGCUUUCCGGCAUGGUUUCAUCAAGGAGGCCCAUCAGGGAUUAUCGGAAAUCCAAAACACUCAGAGAGCUAAAGAACUACUCGCACAGGCAAUCGCUAUGAGACAACAUGAGAGAACAGCGGAACAGGAAAAAGUGGAAAGACAACGUCAAGUUCCCUAUCAUAUGCAUAUCAAUGUGGAGUUGAUGGAGUGUGUUUAUCUCAUUUGUUCGAUGCUACUUGAAAUCCCCCAUAUGGCUAGUUGCGAAUUUGAGAUGCGUCGUCGAUUGUUAAGCAGGAGUUUCCACUACCAACUUAAGCAGAGUGAAAAGUCAUCACUGAUUGGACCACCGGAAAAUACUCGUGAACAUGUUGUGGCAGCUUCAAGAGCUAUGCUUGCCGGAGACUGGAAGAAAUGCCGAGACUACAUCGUUAACGAUAAAAUGAAUCAGAAAGUCUGGAAUCUGUUCCGAAAUGCUGAAAGUGUGAAAGAAAUGGUAGUGAAACGUAUACAAGAGGAAUCAUUAAGGACGUACUUACUUAUGUAUUCUACGGUAUAUACCACAGUUUCUCUUGAAAAACUCGCGAUAUUGUUUGAGCUGGAUAAGAAACAGGUUCAUAGCGUGAUUAGCAAGAUGAUUAUUCAAGAAGAGCUUUCGGCAACGCUAGAUGAGCCCACAGACUGUUUAAUGAUGCACCGCGUGGAGCCUUCACGAUUGCAAAUGAUCGCACUGAAUCUUACUGAUAAAUUACAGCAGCUUGCAGAUAACAAUGAACAGAUCUUGGAACCCCGAACUGGAAGAGCAGGAUAUGCCGGUCCAGGCCAAUGGUUUCCGGGACGCAGUGAUCGACAAGGUGACAAGCAAAAAGGAGACAGGGGAGGAGUUUUCCAGAAUGAUCGACGAGCUGGACAAUCGGAGAGCCACAGCAAAAGGGCUUGGAGUGGAACUGGUGCGACGGCGGCUCAAAGCGGCACAUCACAGCGACGUCGAGAAUCACAAAAAUCGCGCUUUUGA